AUGGGGGUGGCAGCAGCAUUGCCAUCACCGGCUCUGCCGGUGGCCCCGUGGGGAUGCGUGGCCCUCAAGUCGGAGAUCAAGAAGCUGAUCUACACCCACCUGGGCAUCUGGCUGCUGCUGCUGGCCCAGGUGUGCGUGGGGCACCUCAAGCUGCUGCCCCACGACCAGGUGGCCAUGCCCUACCAGUGGGAGUACCCCUACCUGCUCAGCGUCCUGCCCUCCCUCCUGGGCCUCCUCUCCUUCCCCCGCAACAACAUCAGCUACCUGGUGCUCUCCAUGAUCAGCACCGGCCUCUUCUCCAUCGCUCCCCUCAUCUACGGAGCCAUGGAGAUGUUCCCCAUGGCGCAGCAGCUCUACCGGCACGGCAAAGCUUACCGCUUCAUCUUCGGCUUCUCGGCCGUCUCCGUCAUGUACCUGGUGGUGGUGGUGGCCGCCCAGGUCCACGGCUGGCAGCUCUACUACAGCAAGAAGCUGCUGGACUCCUGGUUCACCAGCACGCAGGAAAAGAAGAAAAAAUAAACGAGGGGGCUCCGCGGCCGGGCCCCGUGGGGCAGCGCUGGCGCGGCUCCGGCGGGUGGGGGGGUUCCGCGGGGACCAAGGGGUGCGCCUGAGCCGCCCCA